AUGGACAUCGCCCGCACGUCCAUGAUUCAUGCCUGUACUGCCACUGGUGGUCCUCGGUCUGGGGGCGCUCGUUCGAGAGGUGCUGGAGCUGGAGGUGCUGGGGCAGGUGGUGCUAGCUCUGAGGGUGCUGGAGCUGGAGGUUCUGACACUGGAGGUGCUAGUUUUGGGGGUGUUGGAGCUGGAGGUGCUAGUUCUGGGGGUGCUGGAGCUGGAGGUGAUGGCACUGGUGGUGCUAGUUCUGGGGGUGCUAGAGCGGGAGGUGCUAGCACUGGCGGUGCUAGUUCUGGGGGUGCUGGAGCAGGGGGUGCUGGCGCCAUAAGAGCUGGUACUGAGGAAACGGGAGCUGGAGGCUCGCCUACUGCGUCGCCCACUGCGCCUCCCCACCGCCACGACACCCGUUUCCAGGCCCUUUGCCGGCUUGAGCGCGAGGAGCAGGAGCAGUUGGAGCAGGAGAGGCAGGAGUUGCAGCAAUUGGACCACCAGCAGCAGCAGUAG